AAGUAAGGGGUAAAAGUGACUUUUUAAUGGAAAUGAGAAGUGUCUUGUGGAACGAAUAAAAAAAAGAAAAGAGAAAGGUUUGAUGAGAUUAUUUUUUUAUACUCCGUACCAAUUUACAAAAGGAAUUAAUAUUAGAGUGGGGAGGACUACACUGUUGGGAAAAACUUCAAGGCUGGAAAAACUUCGGGCGUGACAGAAGAGAAGGGAUCGAUGAUGACGACGGCGACGGCGACCAUGGAAGGCGUUGUGUUCAGACUGCCCCAUCUCAGAACUGCAACUCGGAACCCUGCUACUUUCUGCACUCGGAACUCCGCAUCCGUACACCGGUUCCGCUCCUUGUCGUUUGCGGCGUCUGCAGCUUCGCCUUCUCCGGCGGUCUGCGAGCAGAAAUCCGAACCAGCUUCGCUUGGACACAUCACCCGCGUCGACUUUCCCAUCCUCCAUCAGGAGGUAAAUGGCUCCAAGCUUGUGUAUUUAGACAAUGCAGCAACAUCACAAAAGCCAAAAGAUGUCUUGAAGGCAUUACAAACAUAUUAUGAAGCUUACAAUUCCAAUGUUCACCGUGGUAUUCAUUACUUAAGUGCAAAGGCAACAGAUGAGUAUGAAUUAGCAAGACAAAAGGUGGCAAAUUUCAUCAAUGCAUCUGACUUAAAAGAGAUUGUGUUCACAAGAAAUGCUACUGAAGCUAUUAACUUAGUGGCUUACUCUUGGGGGCUGUCAAAUUUCAAACCUGGAGACGAGGUAAUUCUUACUAUAGCUGAGCAUCACAGUGCAAUAGUACCUUGGCAAUUGAUUGCUCAGAAGACCGGUGUUAUCCUAAAAUUUGUGAAUUUGACCGACAAUGAAGUUCCAGAUGUAAUGGAGUUGAAAGAAAUGAUCUCAAGGAAGACCAAACUUAUUUGUAUCCAUCAUAUCUCCAAUAUGCUAGCUUCUUUGCUUCCAGUUGAAGAAAUCAUAAGUUGGGGACGGCGCGUUGGAGCAAAAGUGCUUGUGGAUGCUUGCCAAAGUGUACCACACAUGGUAGUUGACGUUAAAAACCUUGAUGCUGAUUUUCUUGUUGCUUCAUCUCAUAAGAUGUGCGGUCCCACAGGCAUUGGAUUCUUGUAUGGUAAGAGUGAGCUCUUGAGCUCGAUGCCUCCUUUCAUGGGAGGUGGUGAAAUGAUAGCUGAUGUGUUUUUGGAUCAUUCAACCUUUGCUGAUCCACCUUUCAGAUUUGAGGCAGGAACACCUGCAAUUGGAGAAGCUAUCGGGCUGGGAGCAGCGAUUGACUAUCUGUCUGGAAUAGGCAUGCAACAAAUCCAUGGUUAUGAGGUGGAGCUAGGACACUAUCUAUAUGAUAGCCUCUCUUCAGUACCCGGUGUUCGUAUAUACGGUCCUGCACCUUCACAAACUGUAAAACGGGCAGCUCUUUGUUCUUUUAACAUUGAGGGCAUUCACCCAACGGAUAUUGCAACUUACAUUGAUCAACAGCACGGCGUUGCGAUCCGAUCGGGUCACCACUGUGCUCAGCCUCUACACAGCUAUUUGGGAAUCAAUGCGAGUGCACGUGCCAGCCUUCAUUUCUACAAUACUAAGGAGGACGUCGAUCACUUCAUCUCUGCACUCAAGGACGCAAUCGCCUUCUUCAAUUCGUGGCGAUGAUCCGGUUUACCUGCCACUUGGUGAUGGUGCUAUAUAUAUGUUGUUCACACAUGACAAAGAUAAAUACAAAUAAAUAAUGCACCAGAGGGAAUCUAUGGAGUUGGCAAUUGUGUGGAAAUAGUCAUUUUCUCUCUUAUCUCUUGCAUCUUGUAAAUCUCUCUUAUUUCAUUUUAAACAGAAUUUGUGCUCGGGGUCAUAAGCAUUUCCAAGUAAAUACUUCCCAAUCCG